AUGGCAGAGAGGGGAGGAGAGGGCAAGGGAGGGCAGAGGAGGACAGGAGAGAGCAAGAGGGGAGGAAAGGGCAAGGGAGGGCGGAGGAGGACAGGGGAGAGCAAGAGUGGGCAGAGGAGGGCAGAGGAGGGCAAGGAGUGCAGGAGAGGGCAAGGGACGGCAGAGGAGUACAGGAGAGGGCACGGGAGGGAAAGGUCAUAUGACGCGACAGAGAGGGCAGGAGAGGGCGAGGGAGACCUGAGGAGGGGAGAGGAUAGCAAGGGAUGGCAGAGGAGGACAGGAGAGGGCAAUGGCAGAGUAGGGCAAGGGAGGGAAUUCCCUUUCGAAAGGGAGGAAACGGGAGGGCAAAGGAGAGCAAAGGAUGGCAGAGGAGGGCAAGGGAAUGCAAGGGUGGGCAGAGGAGAGCAAGGGACGGCGGAGAUGGCAGGGCAGGGCAAGGAAGGGCAGAGGAUGGCAAAGGAGAGCAAGGGAUGGCAGCGGAGAGCAGGAGAGGACAAGAGAGAGCAAGGGACGGCAGGACAGGGCAAGGGAGAGAAAGGUACAGCAGAGAGGUCGGGGGAAGGCAAGGAAGGGCAGAGGAGGGGAGGAAACGGUAAGGGAGUCUGA